AUGGACAAUAUCUUACAACAAAUACAUCUUGGUACACUUGCAGAAAGAUUUAAAGAAGAGAAAAUUGAAGUCGAGACUGUAUUGUCAGCAACUGACAACAAACUUAUUCGUAUUGGUGUGGAUACAAUUGGUGACAGAGUGCGUCUGCGUGAAUUAUGUCGCAAGAAAUUUGAAGAAAAUGCAAAUACGGAUUCCUCUUCUACUUCAGGAACAAGUGGUGAAAGUAUGUCCAGUCGGAUACAAACUGAACGUGCUCUUUUGUUCAACUCUUCGACUGCUGGUGGUAGUAAUUCUGGUCGCUUAUCAAGAGCAGCAAUAGGAAACAGAAGGCGAAAGAACGCUGCCACCGGGAAAAAAAGGACAUGGACUGCACAGUUCAUGUGCUUAGCUGAUCGGUUCGCCGCGAAAGUCCCAAAUGCGUCUGAAAAGCAAAUUCUUUCGAAAGCUGGAUUAGGGGUCAAGAAAAUUAAGUUUGAAAUCGAUGACGAUGAGGAAACAGUCACCAACAAAAUAAUGUCUGAUGUCAAAGAUAAUGAUGGUGUGGUCCUUGGGUUUCCACAGUUACAAGGUAUUGGGGGGUUUGAGAUGUUGCACUGUUUACCAAACUGCAGAGAUCUUCGAUUGAUUGAUUGUUCGUGGUCAGUAAAAGAUCUGAAAUCAAAUGUGGGCAGUGGUCAAAGUAAAAUUUACUUGAGACCAAUUCAAGCGAGCCUCUCAACCAAAUCACUUGUUGCAGAAAGUGAUUCUUCCCUAAAAGAGAAAUGCAAAUACUGCGAUAGAGAGAUUUUGAUGCGAAAGCUACGAGACCACAUAUUUACAUGCAACGCAGGUCUUUUGGAGGAAUCUGAAGAUGAAAUUGAUCCGGAUACAGUCAGCCCAGAUAAUGACAACAAUCAAAGAGAAAGUUUGCAUGUGGAGGGUACAACCAUAGCUAACAUGCCUGUUCCUGAGAGUGUGACCAGUUAUCAAGAAGACGGUGAUACCAUUUUUCCAGUUGGUGAAACAGUCACCCAUGCACCAGUCACCCCAAAUGACCAUGUGACAGUAGACUUGACACACACUGAUAUUGAUGAUAACUCAGGUAAUAAGACAGUUAAUGAUAUUGCACAAGAGGUUGUAGCUUAUUGUAAAGCGGAGAGUAUAACAAAUCAUGUGGAGAUCCUAAGAUAUCUUCAAAGUGUAAUUGUGUAUGGCAGGCCUCUCGAGAUCCAAAACAUCGAGGAGAUGGUAGAGGGGGAAACCAACUACAUUCUUGUUGAUGGUAAUAAUCUCCUGAUCACUUCGUUUGAUGAGAUAAGUGGAAUACAUGAUUUGCGCAUGACCCUGGAGGUGCAAUUUUACAACGAGGUAAAACAUUUAAAAUGUGUCAUAUUACCUAUUUGUAAACAGUAUAAAUAAUCUGCAGUUUUUCAAUAAACUAACUACCAAGAUUUUGACACAACGGUCUUGAAUUUACUUCCGAUGAAUGUUUUUGGCUUGAAGUGUCAGUAUUAAAACCUUACCACUUACCAGUUCACACCUUUAAGAUAUUCUAUAUAUUGCUACACACUGCCUACUGUAUCUGGCACUAUACUUUUACAAGUGAAAUUAUUCUGUAUGUACUGCACAAUAUAUAAUAACAAAAUAACAUCUUAAACCUAUUCAGUGGGUCCUAACCAACCUUGAUUUCAUUAUAUGGAUAGCCAUUGGAAGUUGCUUACUUGCUUUUUCUAUUUUAAACUAGUCUAUUCAGAACAUUCACAUAAAAACUAUAUUUUGAUGCAGUCAGUAAUCCGCUUUCAAAUACCAUAUAUUUCUUAGAACUAAACUUAGUUUGCUAUCACCAUGACCCUAAUUUCGAGAAUCAGUGGCAUGCUGGCUAAUGUUUGGCUGGUGGGGGCCAACAUCAGUGGUAUCUCACACCCCCCCCCCCCACAUUGCUAAAAAUUUUUGGCACUCCCUCCACAAAAAUUGAACCCCUAAAAAAAAUUCCCAGACACAUAGUCGCCCCCUGUAAAAAAUUUCCUUUCAAAGUUUAAUUUCAGCGAGGUUGGAGGAGAAAUUUUGCAGAAAUAUAAUUUUGUCACUUAGGUUCAAAAUUUGGCGCCCAUCCGCCAGCAAGCAACUGACGAGAAUAAAAUGUCAAUACUAUUAAAUUGUAAUCAUGCACUAUUAUAUUGUCAGCACCAUCAUUUCAAAUGGAUUAAACUUAAUUCACACCUUUAAGAUAUUCUAUAAACAUAUUAUUAUAUUAUAAUAAUAAACAUAUAUUAAACAUAUUAUUAUUAUUAACAUAUUAUAUUAGAUAUUAUUUAAUUUGUGGAUUAAACUUAUUGUGUAAUUAUUCUGGGUACUGUAGGUACCGGAGUAUUAAAAUGCCAGAUCUAUUAAAAUUCCAGGUCAGACAUCCAUACGCAUGGUUUAAAUAGUACUUCAAGCACUAGAUAGAGAUAAUCAGUGUCACUGCAUGUCUCCUUUUAUUUUUAUAUUAUAAAAUAUUAUGGUUGUUGUGUCUUCAUAUGCUUUGAGUCACUAAGUGAAGUGGUUUUGCUGUAGUUCCCCCACUUUCCAACUUUAACAUGCCAAAUAUCAUGGCAUUAAACAUACCUUCAUUGGUAAGCAUAUGUUAAAAGUACUGUACCUUUGCAUUUAGUUUAACGCCCUGUACCCGGCCGAAUGAACGCCUGAGCUGGCAUCUUGUUAUAGAAUGCAUUUACAUUAACAGGUAGCAGCAGAUUAUGGAGGCCCUCGAAAAGAGUUCUUUCGGCUCAUAACAAAAGAAAUUAAAGCAAAGUUCUUUGAAAAUGGCAUUCGAGAGCAUAUGGCUGAACAAUACGAAUUAGUUGGUAUUAUUUUUGGUGAGUUUAAUUAAACAUAAAAAUGAAUGAUGUUAUUCCCUCUUUAGUCUGUUUCUUCACUUUCUCUUAUCUAUCCCUGCCACUCAGGCUGGUAAACAACACAUUUUCUAUUCAAUACAUUUACAACAUCGUGUUUUUAUCAUUAGGUUUAAGCAUUCUGCAGAAUGGGAAGGUCCCACAAUUUAUCCCAGAGAACAUCCUACAUGCAAUCUUUAGUGAAAAUGAAGUGUCAGCAGCCAUAACGAAUUUGCGAGAAGGUUUUGUGAAAACUGGGUUAUACCAGGUUUGUGUCGUUUCCUUUUAAACAAUUUAAUUAAGGUCAAAAGUUUCUUAGAAAGUGUUGAUAUGCACAGUGAAUAUUUUUGACAAAUUGAAAUAUAUUGUAACUUUGGUAGCGAAUUGUACUGCAGUAUUUUGUAAUAUCAUUUUGAAAUAUGUUUAAUGCUCUCCCACGUAGUGGCAGUGGCUAAAUAGCUAUAGUGAGAGGAGUAUCAUUUCAAAGUACUGUAGCUCUUAACCUGUAAUAACCAUUCCACUUGAAUGACGGUACUGAAAAUGAUGGUACUGAAAAUGAUGGCAACAGUAAAUUUCACCCCAAUUCAUGAACUUUGAUUUCCAACAUUUUGAACAUUAUUCCUUUUAAAUCAUGUAUAUUUACCAGACUGAGUCUAGUUUUAUUGUAAAUACACGGCCAUCUGAAAAUCGGUCAGUAUAAUCUGCAGACUGCAGACCAAGUACAAAAUGCAGAAUAGGUAUAAAUUGCAGACUGAAAUUGCAGACUUGGUAUAAAAUGCAGACCGUGAAAAAAACGUAUAAAACUACACAUUACACCCGUUUUCAAAAUUAUGUGACUUUAUACCAAAAUAUAAUCAGAUAAUCUAAGACUCAAAUGUCAGUUUUAUGUCACGAGAGUUGUGGGAACUGCUAUAAAUAUAGGCAAACGUAAUAAGCAAAAUUAAGACAUUUUAAACCUUAUUUAAUACCUAAAGAGUAAAGAAGAAUAUUGAACUAGAAUGAGCCACAUACACAAACUAAAAGAAACAACAAACCAUCACAUAAUGAAAUUUGUGUAGUGAAUGACUUUUAAGUUUGGGAAAGAACAAUUUAUCCUCGAAUUUAAAUGACAAAUGUAUAAAAAACCCGCUUACGCUUGACUAUAGCAUGUAAUAUUAUGAUUUUGUUGUGCUUAAAUUUUGCAAAAAUUUUCAUUAAAAUAUCUUGCAAAUCAUUCUAAACCUUUUUAUAUAAAGCAUACAAAGCUUAUACAUUAACAUGCAUCAACAAUGAACCGCAAAACUCGAAGUUGUAAAUAAUUUGAACAUAACUGACAGUAUGACAUAUUAAUUAAAAUAUAUGUUUUUUCACGAUCUGCAUUUUAUAGCAAGUCUGCAAUUUCAGUCUGCAAUUUAUACCUUUUCUGCAUUUUGUACUUGGUCUGCAGUCUGCAGAUUAUACUGACCGUCUGAAAAUUAACCUUUUUAUUUCAUUCAAAACUUUAUUAUAUAACUUUUAGAUAUUCUAGGGCUAUGAUAGUUAAGAUGUUACCGUGUUUUAAGGAGGCUCCCUACAGUUUCCAAUAUAUAUAUAUAUAAGUUUUUAAAGUAAAAGCCAUUUGAAUCUAAAAAAACUAAUUUUUUGCACAAGCCAUUGUUUCCUCUUAUAAUAAAAAGUAAUUUUAACCCACAAUCGCUACUCUUCAUGUUACUAUGCCAACAUGACGUCACCAUCUAUAUUGCCUAUAUCAACCAAAAAAGCUGUCUUAGCGGACAAAUAACCACGGUGACCUACAAUUUUUAUUGCAGAAAAUACGUUGUUAUGAAUUUUUUAAUCUUUUUUGAAAGUUAUUUGAAAAUUGCUAGUGUAGUUUAAAGUACCUGAUCAUACAUCCUAUGUAAAAAUUGAAUUAUUUAGCCACGUUUAUGAUGCACAGCUGCCUGCUGAAUUUCCAUAGCGUUUUUUUUUAGACACCCUGUAUAUUGGAAACUGUAGGGAGCCUCCUUAAAUAAUUGUAUUUAAUAGUAAAAAAUUCUUUGUGACCUGGAAUCAGCUUAAAUAAAAAAUAAGCAUUUUUAAUCAUAUAGUUAGUAUAGUUUUCAUUUCGUUUUUCAUUUUUUUCAUUUUUAAUUCAACAAGUUUUCUAGAGAUGGAGGGUUAUAUCUGUAAAUCAGAAUGUUUUAUUCAUAUUAAGUGACAGCAUUAAAAUGUUGCUUCAUUAUGUUAUGCUUGGGAUUCUCAGGCAUAGCAUAACAAAACUCAUUAGAAACGAGGUUUACGCCCACGACAGGGAGUGGGUCACGCAUUUGGGCAAUCACUUCAGUGUACUUUCCCACCCCUCCCUCACUCACUCCCCCUACUUAAUGACCAGUUCCUUAAUGACCAGUUCCUUAAUGACCAGGUUUUUUUUGUCUUUUUUUCAAAGGUUGGAUGCCAGCUGCCAACAUUUCUGGAAGUGUUUCAACCAACACAAGCAACCCUGACCCUAAAGGUGCUAACCAACUUACUAAAACCGAAAUUCAGCGAAGAGGGCUCAAACAGCUGGACGUUUGAGAGACUUGUAUAUUCAGCAUUCCUAAAGUACUUGAGAGAAGCUGCAGGUUAGUAUUCCAUAGGACAUGUAACAGCUUGCUUAUAUGUUUUUUAUUGACAUGGUAUUUCGUAUAUAUACAUAUAUAUACGAAAUAAAAUACCAUAUAGCACAGUGGUACAUUAUAAUUUAGUAGCUUUGAAUUGUAUGGUGUGGAUGAGUUAGACCAUAGCCAUUUUACAAUUGUGUUUAUUUUCAUAUUUGCAUUGUAAAUUUAAGUGAUGUAAUUUUUAUGUUAUAUAGCUGGGAGAAGAAACACCGUCACUCUGGCCCAUGUUCUCCAAUUUGCUACUUCAGCAGACGAGGAGCCUGUCUUAGGCUUUUCAAUCCAUCCAUCAUUAGAGUUUUAUGAAGCUUCUUCUUCAUUUCUGCCAACAUCUAACACAUGUAGCAAUUGCCUCAACUUACCUCGUCCUUCUCAUCAAGUAGCUUUGCCAUCCCAAAUGAUGUUGUUUAAUUUAUAUGACUAUGCGUUUUCUAAUGCCUACUUUGGCAACAGAUAA